AGUGCACACACACAUGCCCCUGAAAUGUUUCAGAUAACGAAAAAAGAAAAAGAAAAAGAAAAAAAAAGCGUUUUGUGUCCUUCUCGGGUCUCGAGGAGAGGUGUUUCAUGCUCCAGACGAACUGCUGCCGCGGUGUGUCCUUGGAGGGGGAACAGACACCGUCACUGGCUCAUGACAGGAUGAGGAGCCCAGUCACCACCGAUAGAAUUCACUGGGAUGUGAGAGGAAACGGCCUCAGGCAACACAUGCAAUGGUUCAAACACAAGCCAGCCUCGGCCAACUGCUCGCUAUUUGCCAUCGUGCCCUCAAAAGUUAUAAAUACAACUAAUUAGUCUGCCACCUUCUACGGGCCAGCGAGAGGUAACGACCUCCCUUCCGCACCUAUCACCCCAUGCCCACACACCCUUCUCAUGGGACUGGCAUGACUGCUUAAUAAGUGCGUAAACAGACGGGAGCAAUAUAUAAAGCUCCUCUGAGCUUUCACCAUCUCACCACCUUUGGCUGUGGCAAAUCUUCCCUCUAACAUUCCCUCACUCAUUAAGCGGAUUUUUAAUUGCUGAAAUUUCACUGACUCAACAGCGAGAGUCCAGAAGUUACGGUCAUCAGAGAGAGGGGCCGUCGUCUGUCAUCUUCUCCCCAGGUUGUGUUGUCUGUCUCAUUUUGCUUCUUGAAACAUGAGCGAGCAGGCCAAAACAGAGCCGUCAUGUGGCGAGCACAGCAGGGGUGUCCCCUGGUACCCCCUGAGAAAAUGGUGGCAAUCCAGCCGGCUUUUCAAUCAGGAUGUUGGCCUGCCGCCUUUCCUGGAGCCGUGGGACCCUCGGUGGGUGGAUGUGGAAGGGCUCCAGAGGAGCUUGGCAGCCUGCUCCUGGCCGGGGUACACCCCCCCUCCGCUGUUUGUGCCCUACAUCUCUGGGUCGAUGCAUCAUCCCAGCCAGAAGAUUAGCAAGGAGCAGUACAAGUGGAGGGUCAGCCUGGACGUGGCUCACUUCUCCCCCUCAGAGAUCUCUCUCAGCGUCAGAGACGGAUUCCUGGAGGUUGGAGGGAAGCACGAGGAGAGGCCAGACGAGCACGGAUUUAUCGCCAGAUGUUUCACAAGGAAAUACAGGCUCCCAGCUGAGGUUGAUGCCACCAAAAUCACAUCUACACUCUCUGUUGAUGGUUUCCUGUCUGUGGAAGCUCCAGUUCCUGAAACAGCAGUCCCUGCUGCCACCAUCAUUCCCAUAAAGGUGGAGAUGGAGGCCACAGGAGAAAAACAGGAGACAGAAGAAGCCCCUGACACAGAUCCAGCACCAGAGGCUCCAGAUUUUCCAUCUGCUGGGGAUGAAGGAGAAGAGUCUCCACUAGAGGUCCAUGGAGACCAGGCCCACCCUGACAGCGCCACAGCUGGGCUUCAGCAGCAUGAAGAGGGGAGGGAACAGGAGGAGGAGACACUUGAAAAGUCAACUGGAGAGUCCCACCCCUCAGUGCCCGCAGAUGGGGAAGGCACAGAGAGUCGUCAGGAUUCUUCUGAGCACCAGGAAACCUUGGAAAGUCAAGAAAGCCCAGACACAGACAUAUCCCAACAGACAGAACACAAAGAGCCAGCCGGGGAUGGAGAGAUCCACGUAAUGGAAGGCACGGGGGAGCCUGCUGAGACGAUCACCCAGCCCGAGGAGCAAGAGCUGGGCACGAGUCCAUCUAGCGAGGUCCUGAGCCAGCAGCUGCAGCAUCCCGACGUUAAGCAGUAGAAACAGAAAUAGCCUCAAAAUGUUGCACGUGCCACACACUGACAAAAACAGCCAAACAGUCGGCAUAGCUCGCCUUGCACCAGUUCUACCAAUGCAUUUUAGCCAGCAGACAAAAUAGCCAUAUAACCAUGCUGUCUUUGGAGCUCCAAUAAAGCAAAAGCAUGUGAAAAUGUUAA